CUGGUUCUGUGCGCUUCUCACAGCUCCAGGGGCAGGCCCUGCUGCCCUCCUGCAGACAACAAAGUCAUGGUCUCUGUGCCCUGAUCCUGCAGAAGCUCAUGGGGAGCCCCAGACUGGCAGCCUCAUUCCUGCCUCUCCUCCUGCUGCUCAUCAGCCUCGCUGUGUCUGCUCAGGUUGGCUGCCCCUACCUGCCACGCUGGAGCAGCCGCUGUCUACUGGCUUCUCAUGUGAAUAAGAGUUUCACUGGAAGUUUUGCUCAAACCCCCUGCCCUGCCCUCCUAGCCACAAAGCCUUGGUACUGGUCCUGUUGUUGGUGCCUACAUCUGGUGUUACAUCCUUCAGGCCUUCAGUGGGGCUGGUUUCCUGUCUUGGGGAAGAAGUCUAAAAGUCCUUGUAAGUUUGAAUUCUAUUGGAUGCACAGGACUCCAGCAUCCUCCCAGAGGAAGCUGCUAGGCAGCCCUUCCCUGUCUCAGGAAAGCCAUCAUAGUUCCAGCCCCUUCCCAGCCGUCUCCCACAGAGGCCUACGCUCCAAAAGAACCCAGCCUUCAGCCGCAGAAUGGGUAGAACAUCUUCCUAGUGCAGGACCCGAGUUCUCCUUUGAUCUGCUGCCUGAGGCACAGGCUAUUCGGGUGACGGUUUCUCCAGGCCCAGAGGCUAGUGUGCGUCUUUGUUACCAGUGGGAACUGGAAUGUGAAGACAUGAAUAGUCCCUUCGAUACCCAGAUAAUUGUGUCUGGAGGCCACGCUGUAGAUCUGCCUUAUGAAUUCCUCUUGCCCUGCAUGUGCAUAGAGGCUUCCUACCUGCAGGAGGACACGGUGAGGCGCAAAAAGUGUCCCUUCCAGACCCAGCCUGAAGCCUAUGGUUUGGACUUCUGGAAGUCGGUACGCUUCUCUGACUACAGCCAGCACAAUCAGAUGGUCAUGGCUCUGACACUCCGCUGUCCACUGAAACCGGAGGCCUCCCUCUGCCGGAGGCAGGACCCACUCACGCCGUGCGAAACCCUCCCCAAUGCCACAGCACAUGAGUCAGAAGGAUGGUAUGUCCUGGAGAGUGUGGACUUACACCCCCAGCUCUGCUUUAAGUUUUCUUUUGAAAACAGCAGCCAUAUUGAAUGUCCCCACCAGAGUGGCUCUCUCCCGUCCUGGUCUGUGAGCAUGGAUACGCAGGCCCAACAACUGAUUCUUCACUUUUCCUCGAUGACACAUGCAACCUUCAGUGCUGCCUGGAGUAACCCAGGCUUGGGGCUGGAUUCCUUGAUGCCUCCUGUAUACAGCAUCAGCCAGACUCAAGGCUCAGUCCCGGUGACGCUAGACCUCAUCAUUCCCUUCUUGAGGCCGGGGAGCUGCAUCUUGGUGUGGAGGUCGGAUGUCCAGUUUGCCUGGAAGCACCUCUUGUGUCCUGAUGUCUCCCAUAGACACCUGGGGCUCUUGAUCCUGGCACUGCUGGGCCUCACCACUCUACUGGCCAUAGUUCUGGUCCUCCUUUACCGGCGCCUACUGUCAGGCCCGGACCAAGCACGGCCAGUUUUACUCCUGCACGCAGCGGACUCAGAGGCACAGCGGCGCCUGGUGGGGGCGUUGGCGGAACUGCUGCGGACCGCGCUGGGCGGCAAGCGGGACGUGAUCGUGGAUCUCUGGGAGGGGACGCACGUGGCUCGCGUUGGACCACUGCCCUGGCUCUGGGCGGCGCGGGAGCGUGUGGCGCGGGAGCAGGGCACCGUGUUGCUGCUGUGGAGCUGUGCGGGCCCCAGAGCCGCCUGCAGCGGCGACCUGCAAGCCGCGUCUCUUCACAGCCUGCUCUGCGCUGCUCCACGCCGGCUGCUGCUCGCCUACUUCAGUCGGCUCUGUGCCAAAGGCGACAUCCCCCGGCCGCUGCGUGCUCUGCCGCGCUACCGCCUGCUUCGUGACCUGCCGCGCCUGCUGAGGGCGCUGGAUGCUCGGCCUGCCACCCUAGCCACCAGGAGCCACCCUGGGUCUAAGCAGGGCUUGCAAAGCCGCGUGGAGUUGUGUGACCGGCUGGAACUUGAGGCUGCCGAAGUUGACUACCAAGGCUCAACCAACAGUCCCUACGGUUCCAGUUGUCUGUAGCCCAACGGCUGGAACUCCAGAAUUAGUCCUCGAACUUGUACCCUUUUUUUUUUAAGAUUUAUUUAUUUAUUGUAUGUGUAUGAACAUAUACUUUAUUUUUAUGCACACCAGAAGAGGGAAUCAGAUUCCAUUACAGAUGGCUGUGAGGCACCAUGUGGUUGCUGGGAAUUGAACUCAGGACGUCUGGAACAGCACUCAGUGCUCUUAACCCCUGAGCCAUCUCUCCAGCCUGAACUUGUACUCUUUGGGGCUGCUUCUUGCCUCCAAAACCGUAGCCCACACUUCCCCAGCCUCCCUCUCACAUCUGCUUCCUCUCAGAGUCCCUGAGAGAAAGCUGAGCUUUCCUGAUAGGUCCUUAGCCCUUUCUGAGAAAAAGGGGCAAUUUUUUUUAUAUUUAUUUCUUUUCAAAACUGCAAAAAGGACAGCCAUCUGUAUUGUACACUCUAGUCCUAGUCCGGGCUGGAAAGCUGGGUCAAGGUUGGGAGGGAGGAUCUAUCUGUCAAGGUCUUGAAGGGGGUUCUGUUCCACAGAAUUGAGAGAAUCCCCCCUGUAAGCCAGGGGUCCCUCACCCUUUCCCAGGCAGGGAGGGCUAUCCAGAUGUAUGUAGUUUGAUUUGUUUGCUUGUUUGAUUUUGUUUGUUUAAGAUAGAGUUUCACUGUGUAGCCCUGGAAGGCCUGGAACAAAGAGAGAUCUACCUGCCUCUGCUUCCUGAGUACUAGGAUUGAAGGCUUGAGCCACCACAAUUGGUGAGAGAGAGGGUUUUCUUUCAUCCAGAGAGAUGAAUAAAAGCAAACAUAGUAGAUAAAUUAAGGAACACAGCAUGCUGCUCUUGUGUGCCUGGGCCUGUCAGGAAGCCUGCCCUAGGCUUGUAGGACAGCUCACCAGCCCAAGCCCUCUCACUCACUGUCAUCUGUGGUCUCAUUCCCACAAGACUGCCUGUGAAAGGCAAGGAGGACCCAGUACCUCCUGGAUCCUCUCCUCGAUAUGAUUCUCCCAGGAGCAAAGGAAAACCUGAAGUUCAGCUGGCAGCAGGCCGUCCCCACUCCUCUAGUCCCAGCAACAGCACAACAGAACCUCUUCCGAGCUCUGGGUUUCCCAGGCCUGCCUGCUUCUCCAUGUCCCUUGAACCUAGGCCAGGCAGUAGGGAACAGCUCACUUUCUGGUGCCAGUGAGGCACAGAGAAGGAUAUGAAGAACUUAGGCAUCCAGAAAGAGGAGACAAAGGGAACCAGAGGAUCCCAAGGUCAUACAGGAAGUGGAAACGCCCAGGAUGCCACAAAUCUGGGGUCUUCUCAGUCGGAGCCUUUGGUUCUAGUGAGAUCCAGGGUAAGGGUUCCCUCACUCAGCUGAGACUCCAGCGGCGCUGCCCUCCCAGGCCUCCUC